AGUUCUCAACUUCAUUUAUUAACUCAUUCUCCGUCGUCCGGAAUUCUGCAACGAUUGUUAGGGUUUAUCGAGAGCGGAGAGGAGAAAGCGAAACCUAAAAUCGACAUUAAUGGCUGACGAAGAUUACAACGAAGUCGAUGACUUGGGAUAUGAGGAUGAGCCAGUGGAGCCUGAGAUUGAAGAAGGAGUGGAGGAAGAUGCUGAGAUGAAGGAGAAUGAUGAUGUCAAUGGUGAGCCUCUUGAAACUGAAGAUAAGGUCGAAACAGAACCUGUGCAACGUCCACGUAAAACGUCAAAGUUUAUGACCAAGUAUGAGCGUGCUCGUAUUCUGGGCACUCGCGCUUUGCAGAUUAGCAUGAAUGCUCCUGUCAUGGUUGAGCUGGAGGGUGAGACUGAUCCACUUGAGAUUGCAAUGAAGGAGCUUAGGCAGCGGAAGAUACCAUUCACAAUUAGACGUUAUCUACCUGAUGGGAGUUUCGAGGAAUGGGGAGUUGAUGAACUGAUCGUGGAAGACUCAUGGAAACGUCAAGUAGGUGGUGAUUGAUAAUCUGACCACCGACAAAUCCGUAUGUAAUUUGCAAUCUGUUGCUCUCAUAUGGAUGAUAAUUUUCUGAUGUUUUAGUAGAACUAAAAUUCAGUGAAACUUAUGUAUAAUACUGGAAUCAUAUUCCUAAAUUUUGCAAAACUAGAA